AGUUCUCUUUUAAUCUUCACAGACAUAAGUCAUAAGAAAUAAUCAUGAAGACAUUAAUUCUUAUCUCAAUUUUAUUCUAUUUUGUCACCGCAAACGAAAUUGACCUGUGCAUUCAACGAAAAUUGAAACUUUCUGAGCCAAUCGAUCAUAAAAAUAUUCAACGUGACAUCCAGAAUGAGAAUUUAAAGAAGUUCCGCUAUUCUGCACGAUUUGCACUACAAAUUUGUCAUCCAACUUUCGACAUCAUUGCUGGACAAAUUUUUAAGAAAAUGACAAAGCCACAAGUGCCAUUGACUCAGACUGAAUUGAAAUGUUAUGAACUUUAUUUGCUAAAGCAAAAUCCAGAAGGACUUUUGGUGCCAGAACUUGAUAAGAACUUGCUGAAUGGAUUUGAAGGAAGUGACGAAUGCGAUGGAAUUGUCAAGAAUUAUAUUGACACACAAAUCAAGAUUAAAAUGCCAGCUGGAACUGAGGGAGAAUUGAAGUGCAUGGACAAUAGCAUCGAAAAGUACAUGAACGGACGAAUUAAGGCUUUUGCAUUGUCCAAAGGUGGAUAUUCUCUUGAUAUUUUUUAUGACGAAAAGAACCGAUUUGUUAAGGAAUUGAGAGAAGUCAGCGAUGAUCUUAUUGAAUGCAUCAAUAAUUUGUAGGGAGAGAAUUUUUUCAUCAGCUGCUGUUUUUUUGGACUGCAGUUGAGAAUGAUUUGUAAUGAGAGAGUUUAAAAUAAAAUUGACAUCC